CCGAAUGGCGGCGCCCAUCGGCCAUGGCGGCAGCGGCGCCCUCGGCCCACGCCACUGGGCCUCGCUCCUCCUGCUCUUGGCGGCGGCGGCGGCGGCAGCGGGCGGUAGUGACGGUGACCACGUCGUGGAGUUUGACGUGCGGCCCGGCGGGGUAGUGCACUCCUUCUCGCAGAGUCACGCCAAGGCGGGAGAGCACACCUGCACAUUCACAUAUGCUUCUCAAGGAGGGACUAAUGAGCAAUGGCAAAUGAGCCUGGACCUCAGUGAUGACAACCGGCUUCUCACCUGCAUCAUUUGGAGGCCUCAAGGAAAAUCUUACCUGUUCUUUACUCAGUUUAAGGCAGAAGUGCAAGGAGCAGAGGUUGAAUAUGGCAUGGCUUAUUCCAAAGCUUCAACUGGGAAAGAUGCUGACAUACCCCUGAAACCUGAAGAAUUUGAAGUGACCAACACAGCAGUGAUCCACAGGCAAGGGGCGUUCCGAGCUGAACUGUCCAAAGUUGUGAUAGUGGCCAGAAUAGGCCAUGUUGAACUGUGAUCUGAAGCCUGGCCUGAAGUUUAUCUUGUCUUGUCUCUACGAGAGUGACCAGAGUGGUUCCCAUGUUAUAUGCUGGUUUUCUAGGAGGUAUUUCCAUGGUUUGCCACACAGAUGUCUACGAUGCUGUACUUGGAGUAUUAGAGCCAGGACACAUUCCAGGUUUCAGAGGGAGCAAAGCUCCGAAGCCUCUCUUGUGGGCAAGCUGCAGUGGCCCAGAUCCCUGGUCUGCCCCCAUACAGCCUGCCACUGCUUUUCUUUCCAUACCUCAUGGCACUUUUGUUCCAAACAAGACUCCUUUGAUUCUUCCUCACAAAGGGGAUAUAAGGAGGUGGGACUAAAUCAAGUGGUCCCAAAGUGGCCCUCAAUUUCACCUCAGUAUCGCAGGGACAGACUUGCUUUCCUGCCCAGAUGGGUGCCUCUGUCCAAGGAGGGCAUAGCCCAUUUUGUCUCCAGAGGAGGGGGAUCCAACCAUCUGCUGCCCACAUGAGGCCUGAAACUAUCAGUGUGAGGAAAGACAAGGGCAGCUUGACUCUGACAAACAGAAAUCCAGCCAACUUUUUCCGUCUCUCAGUACAACUUCAGAGCUAUUUUCCUACGUCUUCCUCAUUUAUUUCCUUGUAGAUUGAUUGUGAAGGGAAUACAAUAUUCUUUCAUGUCUAAAUAAAUGAGGGAGGGAAAGGCUAAAAA